CGGCACUCUCUAUAAAUGUGUUUUGAGACCAAUCAAAUUGUGCCUUGUUAAGGUCCGGAGGACAUGGUCACCUUUGGGGGUAAUCAUGCAUGAGCAUUUUAGCCAUAGGCUUGUUUCCGUUUUAUAGUUAAUUUAUCCACCUAAUGGAAAAUUGGUGAUGGGUUCUACACAAGCCAGCCCCAUGCAACGAUCAUUCAGAAACUUUUAAAAGCGGCCCCCAACACAGCCUUUUCAGUUUCCACUUUCCACUCAUUGGAAACCAAAAGAGAAAUGUCAUCCUCAUCUUGUCCUCUAAUCUCCUCUCUAGUCAUUCUCACCCAAACCUUGCAUGCAUUGUACUCAGAAUUUUGGACAAGAGUAGAAGCUAUGAAAGGAACGAGGGGAAAGUUCUUUAGGAAAUUGAAAUUCAUACCAUCAUUUAGCACCUUGAAACAAGAUCUAGCCCUUCAGUUAGACCCCUCGGAGAAGGUUUCCAGUCAAAACUGUCAAAUUCCACCGGUUUACAAAGAACGAGAUGGAAAGAGCAACAACCUCUCAGAGUUACUAGUUGGCAGUACUGGCGUGUCUGAACUGGAUAACCAUCCUCAGGAUGAAGAAAUGGAAUUGGAAUUCUGUGUUAGCGACAAAGAUUGCUUUACAUCCUCCAUAAAGACCAAAGACAAGGUGCCUGCCAAGGAAACUCCAGAGAUUCCAAUCUUGUCACGCAGCAUCAUGGAACAAGGUGGUACACAUGAAGCAAAAGACAGCAAAGAAUAUCCAUAUCUGUUAGAUUUUGAGGAGAAAUGUCCACCAGGAGGAAGUGACUCCAUAGUUUUCUACACAACAAGUUUGAGAGGUAUCAGGAAAACAUUCGAGGACUGCAGCACAAUCCGGUUCUUGUUGGAAAGCUUUAAAGUAUUGUUCUACGAGAGAGAUGUUUCAAUGCAUUUGGAAUAUAGGGAAGAACUUUGGAACAUCAUGGGUAGUAGAGUGAUCCCUCCAAGGAUUUUCAUAAAGGGGAGGUACAUUGGAGGAGCUGAUGAAGUAGUCAGUUUACACGAGCAAGGCAAGCUUAGGAAGCUCUUGGAAGGUAUACCACUCGACCCAUCCAGUUCCUCAUGCAGUGGGUGCGCCAAUGUGAGAUUUGUGGUGUGCCUUAAUUGCAAUGGCAGCCGGAAGAUUAUUGCAGAUGGGGAAAGCGAUGACUCGUACACUAGAUGCCCUGAAUGUAAUGAAAAUGGGUUGGUUAAAUGCCCAACUUGCAGCUGAUAAUCUAACGAAUAUGACCUGUUAAUUUCUAGCUCUUAUUGAUCAUCUGGUAAUGAAACUUAUUCCUUCCUUCUCUUAGUUUUCUUGGUCUUCACUUUAUAGUAUCUAUGUAAAACUUCUGUAAUGGUUGGUUCUGAUUGUUGUUCCAUUAGCUUGUAGGUGGAAAAAGAAAACCAUGAAGUUUAGAACUCUCAAGAUGGAAUCUUUCAUCUUGGGGUUAAAUUCAAGAAAAUGUUGCCUGUAGCUGAGAAUUAGGUUUAAGGAUAGCAAUUUAUUGCAGUGGAUGGCAUCAUGAUAUGUUGUUUUAGAAAGAUAACACUUCCGAAAUUAUAUAGUCCGAAUACUGUUGUGGGCCUCAAUAUAUACAGAUUUAGAACAUUUUGGGAAGCCAUGCAAUUGAAGUAACCUCACGUAUCAGCUGGUUCUAUUACUUAAUCUGAACUUAAUAAAUGGGAAUUUCAUUUGUAUUGAAUAUGGAAUGAUAUGUUGGGAACGACCAUGAAAAUGGAAUGAUGAGUAGAGUAGGGAAGAGGACGCACAUGGGCCAUAUUAGUUGACAAGAUUCAGAAAAAAGUCACUGUUUUUAUGUACCAAAAGGUAAUUAUAAAGGA